AACACCACGGCGUUUUAAAAAUGAGUUGGAGCGCUUUUGAAGUCUGUUUGAUAGAUUUCGUUUGGCUAUUUUUGUCUUUUUCCUUUUUCGCGGCGCUUUUGGUACACAAGUUAGCUAAGCGUUUACCCCAAAAAUACCAAACGUGUCGUCUAAACGUGUUGUUCCAGGAUUUGGUUAGAUACGGAAAAACCAAACAGAAUCUCAAACGUGACGAGUGGCUUUGCGCAUUUGACGUCCCAAAGAGGUGGUUCUGGCACUUCUACGCCACGUCGCUCGUGUGGAAUGGUCUGCUGUUGGCUUUCAGCCUGAACGUGACUCUACGACAUCAUUUAUAUCCGACUUGGCUGACAGGCUUCAUAAAUAUGCUAUCUGGUUCAUUACACACAGAACACAAAGCUCCACCUAUCAGCACUGUGCUGCUGCAGCUGCUGCUGUGGUCACACUCCCUCCGGAGGCUUGUGGAGUGUCUAUUCAUCAGCGUCUUCUCUGAUGGCGUCAUCCACCUGUUGCAGUACCUCUUCGGCCUGGCAUACUACCUCUUGCUGGGGCUGACAGUGCUUUGCUCGGACCGCCAGACAAAAGCAAGUGGGCCUCUAUUAUUCCAACUGGAGUGGUUUCACAUAGCUGGGAUUGCACUUUUUAUUGUGGCAUCUGUGCUGCAGCAUCAGUCCAUGGUGCUUCUAGCUGGACUUCGCACUGGAAAAUCAGGAAGGGUCGAGACAUUGGCUCAUCGAAUGCCAAAGGGCGGCUGCUUUGAGCUGGUCUCAUGCCCUCACUACUUGGCUGAGCUGCUUGUCUAUGUCUCGCUAAGUUUGGUGGCUGGUGGUCUUUCGCUUACCUGGUGGCUUGUGGUCCUUUAUGUAUUUUUCAACCAGGCGCUGGCUGCGCUGCUGUCUCACGACCACUACAUCGCCAAAUAUCCUUCCUACCCGGCGAGCAGAAAAGCAUUUAUACCAUUUGUGAUUUGAUAGUGGCAGCUGGUGAGUAUAUUUUUAUGUAUUUAUUUUGGACUUUGUAUCCAAUUAUGACAAUCCAUGGAAAGAGGUUCAUUGUGCCUAUACUUUUAGCUAAAAAGCUAAUUGGUUUUCUUUAAACAGAUAGGUAUUUUUUAACCUGACGUUUCAAAUGGUUCUCCAAGGCAGAAGUAUAUUAAGUAAUCUCAUCUGUAGUCAAAAUCAGCUGAUAAAGACUUGCCUCAUGUCACAUCUAACCAUUGUUGUUUUGGUCAAUACUGAUGAUAACGAAAACAUGUCAUUGACGAACAUAUUUUUCAUGAUGAUGACAUGACGAGCUAAAAACGUGUUUUGGAAGACUAACAUAACGAAAAGAUUACCAGUAUUCAUCUGACGAGACGAAACGAAAAUGCGACAUAGUUUCUGUCAUAUGUUCACAAUGCGUAGCAUUUGCUUAUUGUACGUGCAGUUAGUCAGCCUACAUCAGGGGUGUCCAAACUUUUUGCAAAGGGGGCCAGAUUUGGUGUGGUAAAAAUGUAGGGGGGCGACCUUGGCUGACGUCCUUUACGUAGAACAAUAUAUUUAAGCACAUUUUAGCAAACCAUUCUGUGUGUCACAUUUGCUUUAAAAAAAAUUUUAAUUAAUAAUUUCAACAAUCUCGCAACUAGCCUUUGUGCCGUUCUCUUUUGACUCUCGGCUCUUGCGAAAUACUGCUGCUGUGAAAUUAAACUAGCUUCAAGUUGCUUCAAUUUCUCGCUGCGUAUCUUCCCUGAAAUCUUGUCGUACAUGUCCGCGUGUCUUGUUUGGUAAUAUCGCCUCACAUUGAAGUCUUUAAAAACAGUGACUGUCUCUGCAAAUGAGGCAGACACAGUUGUUGCGUAUUUUAGUGAAGAAAUAGUCCAAUUUCCACCUAUGCUUGAAGCAUCGGCCGUCACAGUAAACUUUUUUUGUUGAUUGUCGCCAUUUUAAAAAAUUGGAAGUAGAGGGUCACACGGGGUAAUGUUGCUUACAGUGCUGCUGCCUUUUAGUGGGUAAAUGAGGAGCAGCAUUUAGCGUGUAAGCUACUUCAUAUGCUGGCAGCAGUACUGCUGACCAAUUUAUUCAGUCUGUGUGCAGGCCAGACGUUAUCGAUUUUAUGCUGGGGGCCGGAUGAAAUUUGACCACGGGCCGCAUUUGGCCCCCGGGCCGGACUUUGGACAUGCUUGCCUACAUCCUUGCAGUGUUUGGUCGUGUCACUUGUGAUGUGCUCGUAUUCGUAGUAUUCGGCGACUAAAUAUUCUCAUAUGAGACAAUAAAUUUAGAAACACUGGAUAUUGUUUUAAUUAGAGAUGUUCCGAUCGAUCGGCAUCCCGAUCGAUCGGGUCCGAUCACGUCAUUUUCAAAGUAUCGGAAUCGGCAAAAAAAAUAUCGGCCAUGCCUUUUUUUAAUAUAUAUAUUUAUUUUAAUUAAAUCGUUUUGUAAUUGUAUUUAACGUUACUGACAUAAUAUGUUACACUCAUCCAGAGUCUUUAGUUUAGGCUUAAGGUAGGGUUAUCAAAUUUAUUCCUAUAACGGCGGUACUUAAUUUUUUAAAAAAUGUAUCACGUUUAAAUAUUUAACGCAAUUAAUGCAUGUGCUGCACGACCCACUCAUGCAUUGUCGCGCUCAAUCUGUAAUGGCACCGUUUUACCUAUACAGAAAGAUAAAAGGCAACGUAAAAUGAGAAGAGUGAAUUAUGGCAGCCUUUGAAGCCUUUUUUUAAUUGGCUAAAGCCUGACAACCCCUCUCCCCACGAUUAGAAAUAUCAUGGAAAGCAAUGUGGGGAAGCAAGGUAGCGACUGAUUUUUGUGUUAAGACAUUAUUUUCUUUCCCAACGCAGAGAUUUUAUCUGUUGGUAGCACUACACACAGUCAUGGGUCCACUUCCCAUCAUGCAUUUGGGUUGAAUGGCUGCAGUAUCAUUUACUGAAAGCUCAACAAAUACACUAGAUGGCAAUAUUUAGUCACAAUAUACAAAGUCACCAGUCUGUCUAUCCGUGGAUCCCUCUCCCAAAGAAUGUUAAUAAUGUAAAUGCCAUCUUGAGGAUUUAUUGUCAUAAUAAACAAAUACAGUACUUAUUUACUGUAUGUUGAAUGUAUAUAUUCGUCCAAGUUUUAUUCAUUUUUUUCUUAAUGCAUUGCCAAAAUGUAUAUGAUCGGGAAAAAUUAUCGGAAAUGAUUGGAAUUGAAUCGGGAGCAGAAAAAAGCAAUCGGAUCGGGAAAUAUCGGGAUCGGCAGAUACUCAAACUAAAACGAUCGGGAUCGGGUCGGGAGCAAAAAAACAUGAUCGGAACAACCCUAGUUUUAAUUAUUUUAUGAUUGCUGUUUACAAGUGUUCUGCUCAUGUGAUAUGUUAUAAUGUACAUAUUUCAAAGAAAUGUAUAUUUUUAAUAAUAAAAACACUGUAAACACUGGUACAGUAUUUGUUUUAUGUGCAGUAAGAUUUGGCAGUGUUUUUCAUUGUGAGAGCGGUUUGUAAUAAUAUGGAUAUAAUAUCUGUAU